CGACUGUCAAAUCUACUCCCAAUUUUUCAAAACAAAAACAGCUGAGAGCUGAAAAUUUGUGAUUGUGUUUGUGGAUUUUCAGAAAACUCCCCCCUAUCGAAAAUCCCAUUUAAUUUCGGCAAAUUCAAUUUAAAAAAAUGCUUGUAUGUGGGUAAAAGAUUCGACGAAUUCAGAUUUGCUCUAUUUCCAUUUUGGAUAUCUGGAAAGGCUCAAUAGUUGUGAUGUGUUGAAUCAGCAGAAAUUGUAGCAACUACAAAGAAUAGGCAAAUAUGAUUCCUUUAUCAGAUAAUCACGAUAUUGCUUGUUUUUUGGUGACCAAGCAUUCCACUUGGAAAGGAAAAUACAAAAGAAUAUUUUCAAUAGGAACCAAAGGCAUCACAACCUACAACCCUGGCACGUUUGAGGUUACCAACAAGUGGUUUUACAAUGAAUUUUACUCUAUCCAAUCUGUCAAGACUGGGAACAAUGCUUCCAAUGAGUUCCAGAUUACAGUCAAAAAAGAUAAAAAGCAAAACAAAAUGCUCUUUUCGACUGAACAUAGAACCCACAUUAUUACGGAAGCUAUGAAAUUCAAACAUUUAUUUAUUGAGAAACCAAAGGAAAUUUAUCGUUAUCAAGCCUAUAAAUAUCAUUGGUCAGACAUAAGAUUACCCAUUCUACUAGAAGUGACACCUUACUCUCUAGAUCAGCUGGACCCAACUACAAAUACAAUACUUGCCAGUUAUGCUUACAAGGAUUUUGAAGGAAUCUGUACUGUGCACGACUUACCUGGUGCUUUUGUUAUAGUUUGUGGUGGUUUUGGAAGGUUGCACUUAUUCCAGACUGUAGACUUUGAAGAAAUUAAGAUUAAAAUACUCGAAAAUGCUGUUCAGUUUUUAGGUGUUAAUAUUAAGGUUUUAGGGCAACCUAUUAGUUUAGAGGAUUUUCAAAGGCAAAGAUUUGGAAAGUAUAGUGAUGAUGAAUUUCUGACUUCAUCAUCAGAAUUCUACGUUCACAAAAUUCACAAACCUAGACAUUCUGAGCCUGUAAGAAGAAUUUUAUGUUUGUCUGAAUAUUGUUUGCUCGAACGAGAUCCUCAAACCUACAGUAUUUGUACUUUACAGCCAUUAUGUGAUAUAUUUGCUUUAGUUAGGAAUUUUGAUAAUCCACAAGCUUUUAGUAUAGAAUAUGUGAAUGGGCAAGUGAGAACUUAUAUAUCCACUGACAGAGAUUCCCUAUUAGCCUCACUCCUAGAUGGUGUUAGAGGAUCUGGCAAUAAAGAUGUUUACAUCACAAUGCGGCCCACUCCAAGAGGCCUGAGACUGGGACCAUUACACAUUCCAGUAGAAGAAGAAGUAGAGAGCCUCCACUUGAAAUUAUUUCAAAGUUCACAACCUCAUGUUAAUUUUUCAGCUUGUGUAAAACGUUUCAAUGCAAAUAUUUCUUAUAGCGGACUUUUAUAUAGUGUAACACAAGAGGGGAUAUUUGCAGAAAAUAAGGAGAAGUUAAUUCUGGCUGCAUUGCAGGCGCUAGUGUCACGAGAAGGCGAUCAAAAAACAAUACUAGCCGAGGAAUUAGAAUCUCAAUUUCAAGCUUUAAGGCGGCUAGUUGCAAGUAAAAUUGGAUUUGCUGCUUUCACAAAACUUCCAGGAUUCCGAGAAUCAAUUGGUAUAAAAGUAGUAACGGCAUUGAAAAGAAAUGAUUAUGGAGUAACUCAUGCGGCAAUCGAUAUGAUUUGUGCCUUAAUGCAUCCAAUGCAUGACGAUUAUGACCUUAAACAAGAACAACUGAAUAAGUCUUCUUUGCUGCAAACUAAACCGUUUUUGGAAAACUUGCUUAACAUGUGGUCUACACAUAUUAAUCAAGGAACUGGAGCUUUGGUAGUUUCAGCUAUGUUAGAUUUUCUUACCUUUGCACUUUGUGUGCCUUAUAGUGAAACAACAGAUGGAAAACAUUUUGAUAUUUUGUUGGAAAUGGUAGCAGAACGUGGCAGGUUGCUUUUCAAAUUAUUUCAGCACCCUUCUAUGGCCAUUGUAAAAGGUGUAGGAUUAGUCAUGCGUGCUUUAAUAGAAGAAGGAGACUCGGAAGUUGCAGUCAAAAUGCAAAAUUUAUCCUUAGCUGAAGGAGCCUUGCCUAGACAUUUAUUAUCUGCUCUUUACACUCAAGGUUUAGAUGGUAGGAUGUUGACACAUAGACAAUUAUCAAGACAUUUGAUUGGGCUUUGGGUUACUGGAAAUCCUAUUGCUAUGGGACUACUGAAGAGGAUUAUGCCUACUGGUCUAAUAUCCUUUCUGGAUUCCGAAGACUCCUUACCCAAAGAAGCCAAAGAACAAGAACUAUUAAACCACAGAGAUAACUUGAAAAUGGCACAAGAUCAUGCAGCCAAAUCGAGAAAGAAUCCUAAUUGGAUUGCAGUAGAAAGACAAUUAAAACAUGUUGAAAAACGGGUUGAAUAUUAUACAAAUUUAGCGUUGGAACAUUGGGGUGCCAAAGUCGGAUUAAACGUGAAACGAGAAGAGAAAAUUAAGGAGAGGCCUAUUGUUUUAAGAAAGAGGAGAGAAAGGGUGAAAGCUGAAAGUAAUUGGCCAUUGUUUUAUUGGGUUUUUAAUCAAGAUCAUGCGCUUCCAAAUUUGAUUUGGAAUCACAAGACAAGAGAAGAACUUCGUGCGGCUUUAGACAGCGAAAUUCGAACUUUUUCAAAUGACAGAGACUUAGCUGGUAAUGCGUUAGUGGCAUGGAAUCACCAAGAAUUCGAAUUAAAUUAUCAAUGUUUAGCCAAUGAAGUAAAAAUAGGCGAUUACUAUUUAAGGCUGUUACUUGAAAUGGAUGAGCAUAACGAUGAUUCACCUAUUAGGAAAUCGUAUGAGUUCUUCAAUGAUCUAUAUCACAGAUUUUUACUCACAAAUAAAGGCGAAAUGAAAUGCAUGUGCUUACAAGCAAUGGCAAUAGUUUACUGUCGUUAUUUUGAAGAUAUAGGCCCUUUUGGUGAUACAAAAUUUAUGACUUUGAUGUUAGAAAGAUGCAUCGACAAAAUGGAAAGAGACCGACUAGUCAUAUUUAUAGGCAAAUUAAUGUACCAUAGAAAAAAUGUGAGAGAAUUGAUAGAUGUUGGAGGUGUUAAAAUAUUAGUGGAUUUAAUGACAUUGGCACAUCUUCAUACUGGUAGGGCCGUCAUUCCGACACAAACCAAUGUUAUUGAGGCCUCAGCUGAUAUGUAUAUGGAUCAGAAAAAAGAGUGGCAUUAUAAUACUGAUGAAGGUGGGAAGGGACCAAUUACUUUAAAUGAGGUAAAAGAAUUAUUUACCAAAGGCACAAUAAAUAGUAAAACUCGUUGCUGGGCAAUGGGUCUAGAUGGUUGGAGAGCCCUAGCUCAACUACCCCAACUAAAAUGGUGCCUACUAGCCAAAGGAAACCCAGUUUUGAACGAAAGUGAUCUUGCCACUCACAUCCUAAAUAUUCUUAUAAGAACUUGCGAGUACUAUCCCAGCAGAGACCCAGAUGGUGCCAUUGUGAGACCAAUGCCAAAAAUUAAAAGAAUCCUUUCUGAGCAAGCAAUACUGUCACACGUGGUGCAAUUGUUGCUCACGUUUGAUCCGAUUUUAGUUGAGAAAGUUUCCACAUUGCUUUGUGAAAUUAUGACUGAUAAUCCUGAUAUGCCUAAAGUGUAUUUGACGGGAGUUUUUUACUUUAUAUUGAUGUAUACUGGUAGUAAUGUGCUUCCUAUUGCGAAAUUUUUGCAGUUGACUCAUAUGAAACAAGCAUUUAAAACAGAGGAGAGUAUAAUCACAACAGCAACAAAGAGUAUACUCGGCCGCUUACUACCUGAAGCAAUGAUCAAUUAUUUAGAAAAUCACGGGGCUGACAAGUUUGCCCAUAUAUUUUUAGGUGAAUUUGAUACGCCCGAGGCCAUAUGGAAUUCACAAAUGAGACGAAUGUUGAUAGAAAGAAUUGCAGCCCACAUAGCUGAUUUCACUCCUAGGCUUCGAACUCACACCAUGGCCAGAUACUUGUAUAUCGCCAUACCAACAAUACGUUAUCCUCAAUUAGAACGUGAACUGUUUUGUAACAUUUUUUAUUUGAGACAUCUCUGUGAUACUGUUAAAUUUCCUGAUUGGCCUAUACCGGAUCCGGUUGCCCUUUUAAAAGAUGUUUUAGAUACGUGGAAGUGUGAAGUAGAGAAAAAACCACCUCAAAUGACAGUUGAGGAGGCAUAUACAAAUUUGGGCUUACAAGGUACUGCUCAUGAUGAAUCUGUGAUAAGAAAGGCGUAUUACAAAUUGGCUCAGCAAUUUCAUCCUGAUAAGAAUCCUAAUGGACGAGAAAGAUUUGAACAAGUUAGUCAAGCCUACGAAUUCCUCUGUAGUAGGACAAGUUGGAAUGGAGAUGGACCCAAUCCUAAUAAUGUCGUAUUGUUACUCAAGACACAAAGUAUUUUAUUUCAUAGGCAUUCAGACGUUCUUCAGCCAUAUAAGUAUGCCGGUUAUCCUCAACUAAUAACAACAAUUAAGAUUGAAACAGCUGACGACCAGUUGUUCUCUAAAACAGAGCCUUUAUUGGCGUCUGCUGCGGAAUUAGCAUAUCAUACUGUAAACUGUUCUGCUCUUAAUGCUGAGGAACUUAGACGGCAAAAUGGCUUAGAGAUACUCCUAGAAGCAUUCUCUCGUUGUGUCGACGUUUUAAGCAAAUCAUCUAAACCAGACGAUGUAGCAGUACAAGUUUGCAUGCAUAUCACAAGGUGCUUCAGUGUUGCCGCUCAAUUCCAAGGAUGUCGGGAACGAAUCAUCAAUUUACCACAACUUGUUAAAGAUCUUUGUCGGAUUUUGCAUUUUAAACAUCUUACAAAGCUCUGCAGCGUAACAACCGAAUGUAUAAACGCCUUAGCAGUAGACUCAAUUCUGCAAUUGGAACUUCUGAAAAGCGGCGCCCUCUGGCAUUUAUUGUUAUUUAUAUUUAAAUACGAUUUUACGUUGGAAGAGGGCGGUAUUGAACGUAGUGAAGAUUCUAAUGAACAAGCUGUCAGCAAUCGUUUAGCCAGAGAGUCUUUGAAGGCUUGUGCGUCUAUGGCAGGCUUGAAUUCCGAUCGUAACUCUUUGAUUUUGGAGAUCCUGACAAGUUUGUUGACGCCGUUUAUCGUCAGUCAUUUGUCGGAUGAAAAACCCGAAGAGAUUCUGAAGAUUCUCAACUCAAAUAGUGAGACACCGUAUUUGAUUUGGAAUAAUGGUACUAGGAUGGAGCUGACAGAAUUUUUGGUUAUUCAAGUAAAUACAAGGGAACAUGGGGACUUCAAUGCGGCCACUUCUUUUGAAUUUUCGGCGCAAAAGAAUGAGUUGGUUAUCGGUGGGAUAUUUGUCAAGAUCUAUAAUGAUCAGCCUACUUUCCAGAUACAGAAUCCGAAAAAUCUGGUAAUUGCUCUUCUGGAGUACCUCCACAACCAAUUCGAGUUCCUAAAGAAUCUGGCCAACAUCGCUUAUUCAGUAUCAAAAGACAACAAACUAAAUCACACAUCGAUGGCCUUAAGGGCGUUAACCAACGUGAUCCUUCACAAUCCCGGCGUCGAGCUGCAAUGCAUCGGACAUUUUAGAUUAAUAUUCAAUUUACUAGUGGUCAAUAAUGUUCCUAUUCAAACCGAAACUUUAAACGUGAUAUCGGUGGUGACCAGAAAUAAUGAGUGCAUAAACGACAUUGCCGGUUCGGCCGUGUUGAGUUUCUUAUUGUUGAGUAUUUAUACUUUGCUUGAAUCGCAUCUGCAAAUACUCGAAGUACUUUCAGCUUUAGUUACCAAUACGAAAAUAGUGAAAGAAGCUUUGAAUAAAGGCGCGGUUUUGUAUUUAUUAAACUUAUUCUGUAACUCGAGUAAUCCUCAAGUUAGACAAAGUGCUGCGGAAUUGCUCGCCAGAAUGACGCUGGAUAAAUUAGUUGGACCGAAAAUUAAAAUUGCCACGGAAGUGUUUUUGCCGCCAAUAUUUUUGGAUGCGAUGAGAGACAGUCCGGAAACUUCCAUGAAUAUGUUGGAAUCUACUCAUGAACAUCCAGAGCUUAUUUGGAAUGAAGAUGCUAAGAACAGGGUGUGUUCGGUGAUAUCUAGACUUACAGACGAGCAUUACAAUGAACAAUGUACAAACCCAUCCAUCCAAUGGAAGAAGCCAGAAGGUACCGGAUUAGCCAACAUUACAUCACCAAACGAAGUGAUUAUAGGAGGCGUUUAUUUACGGCUUUUUAUUGAAAAUCCUGCGUGGACUUUGAGAAAACCAAAGGAAUUCCUAUCAGAACUUCUGGAGACGUGUUUGGAAAAUAUGUCGAAAGAAACACCAAACGGAGAAUUAUUGGAAUUAACAACAAACGCUUUAUGUGCUUUGCUCCAAGCCCAACCAGCUCUAUUGGAUUUGAUACCCUCUUUCGGACAUAUACCACGUAUUUGUAAGCAAAUGGGUUCAAAUAUACGACAAAUAGCCAUACCAAAAGCAGCCAUUCUUAUAUUAAAGGCAUUAUCAAUGAGCAAUCUUUGUGUAGGAGCUAUUGCUGAAACCCAAUGUAUGCAUCCACUGAAACGAGCCAUGCAAGCGCGCAAAGACAUGACAGCAGUAGCAUGCGAGGCCCUGAGUCGUCUAUUCACCAACAGCCAAGAUCAAUUAGUCAAACAAGCACUGGACGUGGAUUUCAUUCAAUUCUUGUUGAACCUUCUAGAAGAACAGUUGGAACUUAUCGAUAAUCCUGCCAUGACUAAAGCGCAAAUUGUGAAUGCAUUGAAAUCCAUGUCCAGGAGUUUGUUGUACGGUGACCGGGUGAAUGCUAUAUUGGAAAAAAGUAGCAUUUGGGCUGAAUACAAGGAUCAGAAACAUGAUUUGUUUAUUAGUAAUUCGAAUAUUUCUGGAUACUUAACAGGAGUUCCUACUCCAGCUGGUUAUUUAACUCAGGGAUCAGGGAAUACGCUUCAAGUGGUUCCACCUCCUGUCCAUAGGGAAGACCAUCAAUUCAAACAUGACGGUUUUUAACAUAAGUACUUUAAUAUAGCUUGCCAGAAAUAAAUUGUAAGUUAUUGUUAGUUUUUCGUCAAUUUAAUCUGAAAUGUAAUGAGGAUAAACUCGUUAUUUUUUGAGCAAUACUAAAUUAUUAAAUUACUGUCACAUUCUUUAUGUUUUAGGCAAUUGAAAUUUUUAUAUUAUUUAAUAAUAAAACACAAAGGUAAUUUUUGUUCCCAUUCCUAUUAAAAUUAGGGCGCAAUAAUGUUAAAAACAUUUUUUUUUUAUCUUACACAUGUUAAUCUUUGUAAACCCUUUUUAUAGCCGUGUAAGUGAUUGUAACAUAAGAUGUAUGUAUAAAACUAAGGAAUAAUAACUAUUUAUAAUUAAUAAUAUAUUUUUCAUAAUGUUUG